CCCAAACCCCAAGAGUCUCUUCUUUUCGAACCAUUGCCGAUCCGUUCAAUCAUGCGCCUCUCCGGUCUCUUUCUUUCCGCCAGCCUCGGUGCUGCCGCGACCAUCCCCCGCCAGGCCGACAAUGGUUGCGCCAAUCCUGCUAAGCGUGUGGAAUGGCGAAACCUAGGCGCCGAUGUCCAGAAGCAGUAUAUUAACGCUGUCCUGUGCCUCAAGACCAAACCCUCGGGCAUCGGACUUAACACCACACGCUACGACGAUUUCCCCUACGUCCACACUCACCUAGACAAGACUAUCCACUCAGUUGCUCUGUUCCUUCCUUGGCACCGCCUCUUUGUUCAGGUUUACGAAGACUCUCUCCGAGACUGUGGAUACACUGGUCCUAUGGCAUAUUGGGAUUGGACGCUGGACGCAAGCGACCCGACUAAGGCGCCUGUUUGGGACCCUAUAACCGGCUUCGGCGGCAACGGUGAUCCCGCUAUUGAUGUCAUGGACGAUAGCAAGAAGUGUCUUGUCGACGGCCCGCUUAAGGGGUUCCAGGUCGCCUAUACCAUGAAAGGCUACGAGCCUCAUUGCCUCACCCGCAACUGGAACAGUGGCAUCGCGUUCCCUGGCGACAUGCUGGCUAGCUCUUAUAACAAAGAAGCCGUCGACAAAGUCGCCGCCCAGGACAACUAUAAGGACUUCCGCUACCACCUGGAGGGUGGCCCACACGGCGCGAUCCACUCGGCCGUGGGUGGUGACAUGUCGCCUGCCACCUCCCCCAACGAUCCCAUUUUCUUCCUCCACCACGCCCAAAUCGACCGCCUGUGGACUCUGUGGCAGAUGGAGAGGCCUGAAACCCGUACUACCGACUUCGGCGGCCCUAAGACUCAGAACCUCAAAAGCCCCGGCGAAGCUACCCUGGAUGAUGUUAUGCCGUACCUCAACCUGAUCCCGGACAUUAAGGUCUCGGAGGUUAUGAAGACGCAGACCUCCAAACUUUGCUACAGUUACUAGGAAAACAGCUGUUUGGAAAGUAAGGUAUAGAAAGGUGCGAAGGUGUGAGCUACAUACGAGAAGCUAGCCCUCGGUUCCAAAUUUGGAAACGCUGUGUCCGUUUCACUCGUAUAUAGCAACGUAAAACAAAGGUCCGAUCUUCUCAGUCCAUGAAUUUUAAGGCUUACAGCUUGCGGUUCUGCUUCAAAACAAA